AUGACCAAGGCCUUACUGGUACUAAUGCUCAUCUUCGAAUUUGCGGCCUUCUGUGCUCCGGCAUUGAUUCCGUCCUACGCGUUUCGCGCAACGGAAGAAAUAAUCCGGAAUGUCCAAGCGACAGCUGCCGUUACCAGUGCGAAAGGCAUGGCAGCAAAACUAGAGUCGAUGAAGGUAUUGUAUGCCAAGACUAUCAACAUCAAGAAUGGCCAAACCAACCAGGGAUCUCCAGAUAGCGACGACGACGACAGCAGUGACUCCUCCGACAGCAGUGAUUCCAAGUAUACUGGCUUUGCAUACGGUGAUGUGUUCAGUGCACUCAGUACAACGCCGUCUAGAAACAAGAACUGGAUCGGCAAGUUCCUCCGUACUACGUCCACCACAGCUUGUUAUCGAAAAGCCCACAUUGCCAAGACGUGUCCCUUGGGUUUCGAUGCCAAGCUCGGAAUGUGCUGGGCACAAUGCCCACUCACAUACCCGAUUGAGUGUGGCAUGGAAUGCAUCCGGCGAAACGACAAUUGUGCACUCGAAGUCAUCACCAAAGUUUCAGGUGUCGCCCAAGCAGUUUUUUCCGUCGCUACAUACGACGCGUAUGGGAAGUUCAAGCUGAUGGCGAAGGGGAUCCAGAUUGCAUACAAGUGCAGCAAAGAGAUCAUGGGAUUGGUCAAGGCGUUGUCCAAGUACGUGCGCACUGUUCGCGUGUCAGCCCCGGAUAAGACUUCGCAACAGCUACUGGCAUUGAUGUAUCAGACGGACAACGUCGUCUUCGAUAUCCCAGUGACUAUUGCUUCGUGCAUGGGGAUCAAAGUAGAUGAUAUGACCAAAUUCGCGGACAGAACGCUGAACACGAUUAUGCUAACACUGAAAGAAAUAAUCUCCCAAGGCGAAGCUAUUACCACCAGUUGGUUAGCAUUCACGACCUUCAUGAAAAAGAUUGGCCUCGGAGGGACACUUCUUGGGUUGGAGACGUCGGACAUUACGUCUUUACGAAGGGCGUUGAAGUCCAAUUCGACCUGUGGGUACGACAUGAAGCGAAUGCUGGACCGGACGUGGAUCUUGGUAGCUGAGCUGCGUCGAAAGAACCCGACGAUAUCAGAGGAUGACAUGCGUGUUGCAAUGAGCGAUUCAAACCUUGCACUGUACGACAUCCCCAUUGUGACGAACAACUGCAUGACGGAAAUGAUUGCCGAGUCCGACGAACCUGAAGCUUACGCCACCCGGGAAACACUGCGCAAGGGGUUCGGGGGUAUCAUGGAAGACCUGAUCACGUCUGGCACAAGUAACAACGGUACUUUCCUGACAGCACGACAGUACGCGAACAGCAUCGCUGACAAAGUAGGGUCGUUCUAUGCUGUUUGGGAAAAGAAAAAUAUUGGUGGUGCGUUGUUCGAGUUCUUCCAGCCAGUUUGCGGCCCGACAGAGUUUGUCGGCGAGAUUGACGACGGUACUGCUGAAGAAGCACUGGGGUUGAAAACUGUGGAUGAUGCUUUCGAGUACAGCAUCGGUACCUGGACCAAAAUUGGUGACGGUUCCGUCACUAUCACGUUCCUGAGCACCGACAAGAAGGACGUCACCGUCAACAUCAAAUCCGGGGGUGAUAAAAUUGAUGAAGUCAAGGUCGCGGCGGGUGCGACCGUCACAUGGAAAUCAACUGUGAAAGCUUUGGGUGGGAAAACCCUUUAUUUAGACCGGUGGCGUCCUGGCUUUUUGGGUCUUCCUGGAUUGGACGAUGGCUCGUUGUUGCUGUGGGUGCCUCGAUCGAGACAAGGGGGCAAGUUGCAGCUUCUCGCGAGGCUUAACGAUAGCUAA